UAAUGACAACCAACGCAAAUAUUAACGAUCAUACACGAAGCUCAACAUAGCUCUUCGCCUGAAUAAAUUCAUUAAUAAUAUGCUGGUAGAUUGUACGUUUACUUUGCGUGUUCAAAUGACACAAUUGGCGUUAUUAAAAACAAGUUGAGAACGCGAUCAGAGGCCGUUGUUAAUCAUUACACACUGGGGCAAGCGCACGCGAAAUGAGUUAUAGCCAAUAAACGCUACAUUGUGUUUAAAUGAUCAAGAAAACACUGCCGUCAGCGGGGCUCUGUUCAUAUAAACAUCCAAUCAGAGCGCGCCGUUUAUCCAGACACAGGAGAACUGCACAGCAUAGAAAGUAGGCCACCAGCGUUUAGUGAAUAAACACUCGCGAUCACCCCUUUCUGAUACCACUAGGAAGUAGUUUCUGGUCUGGGAGGUGGGCAACGUUGAUUUCUGGAUAAUGUUAUUCAAGGUAUGGGACAGAACAAGAGCCAAGAGGAAAUUCAUCGUUGCUGCGAGUCUAAAUGAACUGCGGCAAAAAGGGUGUGAGAAGUUCGGUGUGGUCCGUCCCAGGGUGGUCACUGAGAGCGAUGGCACAGAGGUGGAGGAGGACGAGGUGCUGGUCGAGUUAACCAACGAGGUCCUCAUCAUAUUAGGGGACGCGGAGGUCUGGGAACCACCGGACGCUGCGGUCACUCCAUGUCCAGCGCGGAAUGUUAAGGACAAUCCAGUGUCCACAACUGUGAAGACGUGGUCAGCUCCAGCUCCCGUUAUCCCUCCGCCAAGACGACAAAGUCCCCAGAUCAAGAGACCCGUGCAGACACCUCAAGUGAGGGUGACAUGUGCCGCGACCACACGGCGUUCACCUCGACGACAUCUAGGUGUCACUAAGAGAGAUACAAUGCCGGUAAAAGAGUGCAGGAAUGAAGAAGUGGUGUUGCUGUCUGACUCUGAUGACUCUGGAGACGAGGUUAAGAACAGCACUGGCACAGGUAGCCCUCUCACUAGUCAAAGACGGGGACCCCCAGGGGCAGUACCCACCAGACCACCCCAAACCUCACCGGUCAGCGGAAGUCUGGACCACGGUCAGUUGACCAGAUCUCAGUCCAGUCAGGGUAGUGUUGGAGACGGCCCUCUGCCCACAGAACAUGAUGUCGGGGUCCAGAACUAUAGCGGAAGUGUCACAGCUGACGUCACCAAGGACCCGGAUGAGUUGGCACUACCAGUGUUUUCUUAUUAUGUGGAGGCAUCUCUGAAAGCAGGCAAAUCGGAAGCAGUGUGGCACCGCCUGGUCCAGGAGUCAGCACUGUUCUACACCACACACUAUCCACGCCGUGUGAACGACGCCACCGAGUAUCGACGCAUUGGGAAAACCAUGUAUGAGACGUAUCCGUGUAUAGGACACGAUGGACAGGAACCUUGGUCGCUAUUUGUCAAGUGUUUGAGUCAGCGAAUACGUCGUAUAAGAUGGGAAAGGAAAAAGUUUGCCGACAGUGUAACCAAACCUACCGGAACGAGCCUUCAACCAAAAGAAUCCGCUGACCACAUCAACAAAACAUCGUCUCUUUCCGGUUCGAUCCGAACAUUCCCGGAAUCUACCGCCAUUUCUGAUCAAGAACCGGAACCCAAGUUACCGAAAAUUUUAGACAUAAAAGGCUUGGAUAAGGAGGACUGUAUACACAGGUGGAAAUACAACAUAACCGAACAAACGCUUGCGGAGACGGACGAUAAACAGCCGGACUUGUACGAGAACUUACCCGAAGAAUGCCGGAAACAGAUCGAGGAAAUCCGAGUGGCUUGGAACACGAACGAUAUAAUUAUCAAUGCGAACCACGUGCAAGACGUGCUGUCCACCACUUAUGAAAGUCGACAGAAAUGGAUACGAGUGUUAAAGACGAAAAAGUUGAAAACCAUCUUAAAGCUUUACCCUUGUUUUGAUAACGGGGAUUACCUUCUUUUCGAAAUGGGUUUAAAGUUUGGGUCUGAAGAGUAUGAACGAAUAAGACGCUUGUUUCCCGUUUUCAUUCGUGGAUUACAACAGUUGGCGAUUGAAGACCUAAAAGUGUCUGACGAUGACGUCUUCGGCAUGGUC